AUGGCCAAGUCCAAGGCCGCUAAGCGCAAGCGUGCUGCGCAAGCCGAUCUUCCACAGAAGCUCCCCAAACCAGCCUCGAUCAUAACACCGCCUCCUGAUGGCGAAACUCUAGAGCCCACACAUCUCAAUGCGGUCGUCUCAGACGAGGAUCUUGAUAUCACUAUCGAAACGCUCACGGCACUUGCAGAAUACCCCGGCCUAACUAAAUCAAAGGCAUGCAAGGACCUCCGAGUUGCAAUCUAUGAGUUCCGUCAGACAUGUACCACGGGAGUCAACACUGCCGAGGGCGCAAACUUGACCGCGCGGAUAACGGGUGCGUUGGUGGAUGAAAAAUAUAUUGAAGCCAGGAUCUUGCUUGCCGAGAUGAGGAUCAGAGGGGAGCAACCCAAGAUCGGAGCCUUGUGUCGCUGGGUGCGAGAUCUGGACGUUGUCAGUGGCCUCUCGACGCAACCUAAAGCCCACGAUCAUGUCCCCGUUGAGCGCACUUCGAAGGAAUUGGAAAUCUUAGGCGUCCUCGAUGCCAUUCUGCGCGUCAGCACACCGAUUGAUACUCAUACGCACGCUGUCGACGCAAACACUCCUAUCGCUUUCCAAUCCAUCUGGGACCUCCGUCCCUCCACAGAAUCACUCCCGAUCUACGCUUCAGUCCUCGACAAUUCUAUCCUAAACCUGGCACCCAAGGAUCCAUCCGCCCUCCGCAUAAUCGAACAAACCCCCGGCCCACUCCGCAAACCUCCGAAUCAUCACCCCGCUAUCCUAUACACCACUGCACCAAACGCCGUCCCACUCGCCCCCAUCGGUCCCUCCAUCACAUACCACCCUCACCCCGCUGUGCCUGGUCUUGGCCUUGCCCUCAAUGUUCUAUCCGCCGAUGAGUGCCAGGCAAUCAUCGCUGCCGGUGAAUCUGUCAAUUUCUUGCCCGAUGCACCCCUCCGUGAAGAUGGGGAUGUGAGCAUCCUUGCCCACAACUUCUACUGGAUCAUCGAUACCACAUUCCACGAUAUGCUCUGGGCACGAAUAUCCCCCUUCGUACCACCCUCGAUCAAUGGUCGUCUGGUCCGAGGCAUCAAUCGUCGCUUCCGCGUAUACAGGUACGUUCCGGGCGCGGAAUAUCGUUGCCACAUUGACGGUGCAUGGCCACCAUCCGGCAUCCUCCCCGAUGACACGUACGUGUACGACUCGUCUCCGGAAGACAAAAAGCAGAGCUCCAUGUACACCUUCCUGCUUUAUCUCAACGAUGAGUUUGAAGGUGGAGAGACGACGUUCUUCCUCCCAGCUGCCCGGGAAGGAACACUCAAUGGAUACCCCGUUCGACCUGUGAUGGGAGCUGUUGCUAUAUUCCCGCACGGAGAGUCGAAUGGGGCCUUGUUACAUGAAGGGACGGGGGUGAGGAAGGGCGCGAAAUAUAUCAUUCGGACUGAUGUAGAGUAUGAUGUGAAACCUUCCGAAGAGUAA